CGUUCUCCUGCCGGCCUUCAGGCCCGGGGCCUCCGCCUGCUUCCCCGCCGCUGCUCCUCGCGGCCCCGGCUCGCGUUCACGCUGUCGCCCGGGCCGGCGCGGCCGCGGGCAACCGCUCCCCCUCCCACACCUACCCCGCCCCCUCCCCGCCUUUUCCGCCCUCCCGUCCCCCUCCCUCGGCCCGCCGCCGCUGCUCCAGAUGAGGUGAUGGCAACGGCCAACUUCGGCAAGAUCCAGAUCGGGAUUUACGUGGAGAUCAAGCGGAGCGAUGGCCGAAUACAUCAAGCAAUGGUAACGUCUUUAAAUGAAGAUAAUGAAAGUGUAACUGUUGAAUGGAUAGAAAAUGGAGAUACAAAAGGCAAAGAGAUUGACCUUGAGAGCAUCUUUUCACUUAACCCUGACCUUGUACCUGAUGAAGAAAUUGAACCCAGUCCAGAAACACCUCCACCUCCAACAUCUUCAGCCAAAGUAAACAAAAUUGUAAAGAAUCGACGGACUGUGGCUUCUAUUAAGAAUGACCCUCCUCCAAGAGAUAACAGAGUGGUUGGUUCUGCACGUGCACGGCCUAGUCAGCUUCCUGAGCAGUCUUCCUCUGCACAACAGAAUGGUAGUGUUUCAGAUAUAUCUCCAGUUCAAGCUGCAAAAAAGGAAUUUGGACCCCCUUCACGUAGAAAAUCUAAUUGUGUGAAAGAAGUAGAGAAAUUACAAGAAAAACGAGAAAAAAGAAGACUACAGCAACAAGAACUUAGAGAAAAAAGAGCCCAGGAUGUUGAUGCUACAAACCCAAAUUAUGAAAUUAUGUGUAUGAUCAGAGACUUUAGAGGAAGUUUGGAUUAUAGACCAUUAACAACAGCAGAUCCUAUUGAUGAACAUAGGAUAUGUGUUUGUGUAAGAAAACGACCACUCAAUAAAAAAGAAACUCAAAUGAAAGAUCUUGAUGUAAUCACAAUCCCUAGUAAAGAUGUUGUGAUGGUACAUGAACCAAAACAAAAAGUAGAUUUAACAAGGUACCUAGAAAACCAAACAUUUCGUUUUGAUUAUGCCUUUGAUGACUCAGCUCCUAAUGAAAUGGUUUACAGGUUUACAGCUAGACCACUAGUGGAAACUAUAUUUGAAAGGGGAAUGGCUACAUGCUUUGCUUAUGGGCAGACUGGGAGUGGAAAAACUCAUACUAUGGGAGGUGACUUUUCUGGAAAGAACCAAGAUUGUUCUAAAGGAAUUUAUGCAUUAGCAGCUCGAGAUGUCUUUUUAAUGUUAAAGAAGCCAAACUAUAAGAAGUUAGAACUUCAAGUAUAUGCAACCUUUUUUGAAAUUUAUAGUGGAAAGGUGUUUGACUUGCUAAACAGGAAAACAAAAUUAAGAGUGCUAGAAGAUGGAAAACAGCAGGUUCAAGUGGUGGGAUUACAGGAACGGGAGGUCAAAUGUGUUGAAGAUGUACUGAAACUCAUUGACAUAGGUAACAGUUGCAGAACAUCCGGUCAAACAUCUGCAAAUGCACAUUCAUCUCGGAGCCAUGCGGUGUUUCAGAUUAUUCUUAGAAGGAAAGGAAAACUACAUGGCAAAUUUUCUCUCAUUGAUUUGGCUGGAAAUGAACGAGGAGCUGAUACUUCCAGUGCAGACAGGCAAACCAGGCUUGAAGGUGCUGAAAUUAAUAAAAGCCUUUUAGCACUCAAGGAGUGCAUCAGAGCCUUAGGUAGAAAUAAACCUCAUACUCCUUUCAGAGCAAGUAAGCUCACUCAGGUGUUAAGAGAUUCAUUCAUAGGUGAAAAUUCUCGUACCUGCAUGAUUGCCACAAUCUCUCCAGGAAUGGCAUCCUGUGAAAAUACUCUUAAUACAUUAAGAUAUGCAAAUAGGGUGAAAGAAUUGACUGUGGAUCCAACUGCUGCUGGUGAUGUCCGUCCGAUCAUGCACCACCCACCAAAUCAAAUUGAUGACUUAGAGGCACAGUGGGGUGUGGGGAGUUCCCCUCAGAGAGAUGAUCUGAAACUUCUUUGUGAACAAAACGAAGAAGAAGUUUCUCCCCAAUUAUUUACUUUUCAUGAAGCUGUCUCACAAAUGGUAGAAAUGGAAGAACAAGUUGUAGAAGAUCACAGGGCAGUGUUCCAGGAAUCUAUUCGAUGGUUAGAAGAUGAAAAGGCUCUCCUAGAGAUGACUGAAGAAGUAGAUUAUGAUGUAGAUUCAUAUGCUACUCAACUUGAAGCUAUUCUUGAGCAAAAAAUAGACAUUUUAACUGAGCUGCGGGAUAAAGUGAAAUCUUUUCGUGCAGCUCUACAAGAAGAAGAACAGGCCAGCAAGCAAAUCAACCCGAAGAGACCCCGUGCCCUUUAAAUCAGCAUUUGCUGCUAAAGGAUCCCCAGAACCCACACUGCUGUAACAUACAAUGGUUCAGCUGUAAGGGCCAUUUGAAAGUUUGAAAUUUUAAGUGUCUGUGGAAAAUGUCUUGUCCCUUCACCUGAAUGACAUUUCAAUUUUGUGAAACACUCCUUUGUCUACAAAAUGCUUCUAGUCGAGGAGGCACAACCAAGAUUUGGGAAUAGUGAAGCAUUUUGUUUCAUUUACCCAGAUAGUGAUUUACUUUUGGAGAUCCUUGCCAAUUUUAUUUUCUGUAUGAAGUAAGGUUGUGGACUUGAUCCAGCGGUGAAGAGUAGGGGGAAGCCACAGCAUUUCCUUUUAACUUGGUUCAAUUUUCGUAGCAAGACUGAGCAGUUUUAAAUCCUUUGCGUGCAUGCAUACCUCAUCAGUGAUUGUACAUACCUUGCCCCCUCCUAGAGACAGCUGUGCUCACCUCUUCCUGCUUUGUGCCUUGACUAAGGCUUUUGACCCUAAAUUUCUGAAGCACAGCCAAGAUAAAUUACAUUCCUUAAUUGUCAUUGUAAAUUACCUUUAUUGUGUGUACAUUUUUACUGUAUUUGAGACAUUUUUUGUGUGUGACUAGCUAAUUUUGCAGGAUGUGCCAUAUCAUUGAAUGGAACUAAAGUCUGUGACAGUGGACAUAGCUGCUGGACCAUUCCAUCUUAUAUGUAAAGAAAUCUGGAAUUAUGAUUUUAAAACCAGAUAAUGUGGUUAUAAUUUUCUUAGCAUUUUCUUUGUAAAGAACUAAAAUAUAAACUAGUUGGUGUAUAAUAAAAAGUAACAAAAUUCUGAGAAGAGUUUUAUCUUAGGAUAAUACAUAUAUAUGCAGUGUGUGUUCCAGUGUGGUAUUAACAGGACUAAUAGUGCAAUUUGAUCCUUACCAAUACCAUUACUUAAGUUAAAGUGUCCAUUAGCACCCCAAAAUGUACCUCCUAAAUGUACUGAUAAAGGAAAUUGGCUUCUGAUGCAUGAAUACUUACAUGUACACUGAAAGUAGUCCAUAAUAGAACUGUUAGAUUAAGCCAAGUGUAGACAGUACAUAACUCCCUUGAGAAAGAAUUAAGCUAAAAGAGGGUUGACUUUGCCUUAAAAGGCAGAUCGAACCCAAGCCCCAUCCAUUACCUAAUGUGUGAUGUUUCAUCAUUAUUUGGUGAGAAUCACCAAAUUCUCGCCAAUAAAUUGGAUUAGGGUAUGCUGCUUUUUAAAUGGUGGCACUUAUUUUUACAGAUUGCUACUCCAAGGAAGAAAACUGGCCACUUUUCAUGUAAAUAUUUUGUUAAAAGAUUUAUAUAUCUCUCUAGGAGUUUUCCCUUAGUUCCUAGGAUAGAGUCCAGGAGUAGAUUAACAACAAAAAGUCUCCCAAGGAUGUCUUGUUUUGAUUUACUCAAAGGAACUACUACUCAUUCAUUUGGGCCAAAGGGAAGCUAUGAAUAGAGAGUCACAUGAGCCAGAUUCCCUACUUCAUUGUUCAUAGAACCCAGAGGGUAGUUGUGGGAAAUCCUAACACCAUGGUGAAAUGAUCCUCUGUAAACUUGAAAUCUAGAACAAAUGUAGAUUUUCACAAUGUGCUUAUUAAUAAAUGAUAUCUAUGGAAUGAGUUUUAGAGAUAAUUUACUUCAGUACAAUCACCUUUGUUUUGGAAGGGACUCAGGUUUUCUUGCAGUUGUAAGAUACGUUCUUUUGUGGUAUUUCAAAGAGAAGAAUGGAGCAGAUACUAUUGACCUUGCAGAGGUUGCUUAAAAAUGUAGUUUUUGAGGCUAACCAACCUUCAGAGGGCAAUAAAGAGAUGAGAACUUGCUCAUUUUAAAGCACAACAGAUUACCCUUGAUUUAUUAAUUAAAUAAGAUGGAUACUAUCUCUGGAAGGUCUUAUAUUCAAAUAUGCCGCCUUAUACUAUAAUGGCUUCAUUCUGAUCAGUAGUCAAGGUCUUUAGAAAAUUAGUACCAAAAAAGAUCUUGGUGGUAUAGUCCAAACCUUCAGUUUUACAGAUAGGGAAAACUGAAGGCCAGAAAAGGGACUAAAACUCAGUAGUUCAUAGGGGAAGAGGAAAUAGAGGGAAAGCUGAAUUAAUUCUUAAAAUUUUCCUAUAAGUCUAGAGAUGGUACAAAUGAAUUUUGCAAAGUAAGUAGUUUUGUGAUAUUAAAAAAACCUACUCUUGAGGUAUAUUUAAUAUUUAUGUAACAAAAGUGGCUUGAUGCAGCUAUUAUUUAAAGAAUAAUGAAUUUUUUGGAUCUGGGUUAAACAUUCUCAGAUUUCUUGAAAGCUGAUAUUCCUAUUAAUAAGUAAUUAUUUUAUUUAUAUAGGAGUGUUUUACUAUAUCACUUUGAAGCCAGAUUUCAAAAAAAAUCUGUUUAGGUAAACAACUUCCUUCCUAGGUUUUCUCAGUGUACCUUUGUUAAAAUAAUUUGGAAGCAGUCUUUCUAUUAAGUUAGGUUUUUUAAAAGUCAGUUAUCAAUUAAGAUAUUUUUAUUAAUUUCCUUAUAUAAAUAAAAUAAUCAGGUACUAUAAUUCUUUAUUAAAGGACAUUAACAACGCUUAGUAUUAUAUUGAUAAUGAUUUAAACAUAGUAGCUAGUUAAGACUUGUUUAGGGCAUCUAUUGACAUUGUCAACCAGCCAUUUUAAAAAUAGCUUAAAACUAAGCAUCAGUAUAUGAAAAGACACUGGAACUUUUAGUUUUCCCGAAGUCACAUGAAUACUGAGAGCCUCUAGUUAUGAGAAAAUGGCUGGUUGAGAUGUUUAUUUGUUUUAAAUAAGUUGAAGGGCAGAAUUUGAACUGUAAAGCCAGUUUUGAUUUACAAAACCCUUUGAAAUUCUGUUAAAUCUGUGGCUUUCCCCAAGAAAAAACAUACUAUCAUCUUAUAGUUCAUUUCAUUCUAGUUGAGCAUCCUCAUUUCAGUUAAGGAACCAUGCCCAGAAGUCAUGUGCCUGGCACCACCGCAUGGUGGCGGUAGCGGACUCACGUUUAUCCAGAACCUGAUGGAGCCUAUGAUGCUACAGGACAGCUUAAAGGCAUAGGCAGUGAGUGAAAGAAGCUGUGUAAGAUAAAGAGAAGAAACGAGAGAAGCAAAAUAAGCAGUUGUUUUAUUGUGCACAUGAAUAAAAAGAAAUCGUAUGGGAAAUAUGUGACUGAGUUAAGCAUAUUUUAACUUUUUUACUAUUUGAGGGACAAAGGCCCACAGAGGUCCUCAUAUAAUAUAUAACAGAAAAUAGAACAGUAACAUCUUUAUACAAUAACCUGUUAGAAAUGAUAAGUUUAAGUGUAAAGUUGUGCGUGCCUGCGGCUCUUCAAGAUUAUCAUGCAUAGAUUGGACCCUGCCCUAUGUUAGAUAUUAAAAACACACCACAACCAAAAAACACUUGGGUACUUAGAAUUGACUGACUUACUACCAUAAAAAUUCAGAGUAAUAAAUGGUGACAGUAGUAGUAUUAAGUCAGAAAUAGUCAAGCACAUAGUGUUCCAGUGAAGCAAAGGCAUAGUUCAUCUUCUCAAAUUAUUAAAAAUAUAUAAUUCCAGUUUCUUGUUCUUGAGUUUGGAAAAUUCUGUUUUCCAGAUACCUAAGAAAAAUGUAUACCUUCUGCAUUGAAUCCAUGUAGCAAUCUGAAAAAAGAAACCAAAAUGAGAUGGUAUUGAAAGGUAAUUUAUUGCAUAUAACAAUGCAUAGUUCCUAUACCACGAAUUCCAAAACAAACACAUCAGCAAACCUCUGAAGCCCACCACUCCUAACACUAGUCAUUAUAGAAACUUUAUUCUUCAAUUAAAUUUGCAAGAUAUAUAUUGGUUAAAAUCACAUUUUCUUGCCUCUUUUGUCACAGCCUAUGUGUCUUAAGUUAUGGUGAAUUUGACCAAAUUAUCUUAGACCUCUAUUAUCCAGACGUAAGAGCUCAUUGGCGCUUGUUCUAUUUCAACAUGGUAAGUGAACAAGAAGCUGUUUGGAACUAGAGACAGAAGGAAAAUGAGCAGGUAAUCUUAAUGUUCAUUUUUCCCUCUCUGGGCUCACUAUUACUCACGUUCCCUUUUCUCUCCAUACCUUUGUACCUUUUGGAUGCUAAGUAGCAAACUGCAUAUGCUUAAUAACCUUGAAGAAAUUUGGUGAGAAUUAAAGAAAGUAAGAUGAAAUAUUUCUAUUUAGACCCGAGAUGAUUUUCAGGAUGGCCCACAGGAACAGCUGAAGAUGGAUUAGAAUGUUUGAAAAAGGAAGAUAGGUACUUAUGAAUGAUGUUCAACUCCUAGGAUUAACCUCUGAUGAAGACUCAGUAGUACUGCUAGCCUGCCAAUAUAAAAUAUAAAAUAUAAACCCCAUCUGUCUUAUAUGGAACUGUGCUGCCAGCUUAGAAAAGUCAAACCAAUUACUUUUAUAACAAUCUACCCUCAUUUUUUAUUCAACUCCUAGAACAGGGAUGUUGUAAACAUGAAGCAACUAAAUAGGCAAAAACUGUUCAGUAAGUGAUGGUUUAUUAGGAAAUCAAAGUGUUAGUGCUUAAAAACAGUAUAGGUAAUUGAAGGCUUAUUCUGCUUUCAUAAGACUAACUUGCUUAAUUCAAGGAAAACACAUUUUGGUCUGCACUGCCCCAUUAAUUAUGACACUCUUCUUUUAUUAUAGGUGUGUAGAACUUGCCUCAGUCUACAAAAUAACUAUAUUAUUAAACCAGUUAGAACUGAAAACCAGGUAUGAUUGUAAUUGACAUUAUUUCAUGUGUAGGAUCUAUUUAACAGUAACUCUUCCCAAUACAGAAAAAGAAUGAGAUUCAACGACAUGUAUUAUGCUGCUUCUACCUUACAGGCUACUUUGAAGACACACACUAUUAAGACUACCUAUGAAUGGGAUUUGGGGGAGGAGGCUGAAGGGGAGGAGCACACAUACUACAACACACACUGACACAGAGGCUAUCUUCAGGCUCGGACUGUUCUUUAUUACUGUUCUUAAAAUGUUCAUUCUGCUGCAGCUAACUAGCCUCCAUCUUCUACACCAAAUACUAUUCCAUACUAUGGAAGUGCUAUGCAAUAACCCCAGGUAGCACCUUAUACCGCUUAAAAGCCUUUAAAUCUCUAAUCGGAAGGUGUCACAGUAAAGAAAUGUAAACACUUAGGAAAAAAGAACAAUGUAAUUACCUGAUGAAGUCAUCUAUGUCCAUGGAACGGGCCCGCUUGUCACUAAAACCUGUGCUGGUUAGGAUUUGCUGUAUUUUAUCUGCUAUGCUGAAAUAUUCUGGUAUUAUCUAUCAAUAUAAGAUUCAUAAUAAAUGAACAACAUAUCUUUAA